AUGGACAGUGAACAACAAGAGAAUUGGGCAAAAAAGAAAUGUGGAAAAUUAUAUUGCAAAUUGUUGCGUGGCUAUGAUCCGAUUUUAGAUGGUGAAAAUUUUUUCAAGUUGACUGGAGACAAUGUGAAUUGCAAUCGAUCGUUUUAUUCUGCUUAUCCAGCUGCAACACCACCAGGCAUAAAAUUUCGAAAACAGAAAAAAUUCGAACAGAAUGUAGUGAUAUGGAUGGCUAUUUCAUCCAAGGAUGUUUAUAAUGUAUAUGUUCACAAGAGCAAGCAAGGUAUGAAUCAAGACGUAUACCUGAAUGAAUGUAUCAACAAGAGACUUCUUCCUUUCGUCGAAAAGCAUACUUCCAAUGGAAAUUAUUUGUUCUGGCCAGAUUUGGCAAGUGCUCAUUAUUCCAAAUCUGUACAAGCAUGUUUAAGCGAAAAAGAUGUACCAUUUGUAAUCCGUAAGAAUAAUUCACCAAAUGUUCCCGUCCAGUCGAAACAAUUUUGUCUCUACUCGAACAGAAAGUAUACGAGAACAACUGGCAGGCAAAAAACUUAG